AUGGCCAACCUUCCUCCUCGUCCGGUAUUUACCAACCUCGACAACGUGCUCGACUCUGGCUCUCGUCCGCAUUUCAAUAGUUUGCAGGGCAAGCAGCAGGUGUCUCGCUCUGACUUCCAUCCGUACUCUCGGCCAGCUAAAACUCCCGACGGAAGCUCCAUUAUUCCGCCCUGGAGAGUCCGCCGCGGGAUUUGUCCGAGCCAGAUGACAGCGUUUCCCGGGGCAUCCAUCACAUCUUGGAGAGCACAGCAGUGCAAUUAUCAUCAGAACCGGGUGGGCAGAGAUAUGCCGAUACCCAACUACCCACCUGCCGGCUGGACGCAGCCGUCACCAAGCGGCUUUCCAAUGAGAAGUCCUGCGCUCAACACCAACGCUUACGGUAGUGAAGCGCUGCCGUCAAGCGGCCGGGGCCGGGGAGCGUAUGGGGAUUCCCCUUUUGCGUACCAAGCGGCGCUCCCGAUGAGACAAGAACAAUUUCGGAGCUACCAUCCUCCUUCUUGGCCUGGACAAAACAACGUGUCUUCAAUGAUGACAAACUCGAUACAUCCGACCAACGUGGCCACCUGCCCUCAUCAUUUGGCUGGGUGGAACACAGAAAUGGGACCAAGGAGCGUACCACUGGCUUCAACCCCUUUCCAACGUCGCGGUUCCAUGGUGAGAUCGGACCUUACGAGCAGAAGUGUCUCGCCCAUGUCUCUCUCAAGCGCAAGGAUGGCGCCUGAGCAGAUAGUGGUUAACGUGAACCGAUCUUCUAUCGACAGGCGGGUGUGCGAUCCGAUGAACCUGGACCAGAGUCGCAGCGGGACUGCCACUCCUUCCUCGCGGAGCAGCUUGGACCACACCGGAGUGCUGGGGCAACAUGGGCAUCCUAUUGUUGCCCCGAACACUCCUAUUCGGCGUAGUCCAUUCGCUUCUGUUUCCCGACGCCCAACCAACUUUUCUAUGAAUGAUCAGCAUCUGCUGCGAAACUUGAACUCAGCCGCGAGCCAACUCUACGCAAACGGUUCCCCGAACUACACAUCUUUCCAGCGACCCGACGAAACAACUUCGGCCAUCAAUCUCACCAUGGAGGACUACCAAGCUCAACAAAUGGCGGCAAUCCAUCACGACUCAGUUUCUGUUGUCCACGGCGACAAUCAGCCUGAGAUUCCGGCAAUUGCUCUUUCUCCCAAUCCAGAUACUACCCUCUUUGUCACUUGCGGUACUGAGACUCGCAAGCUUCUCAUCAAAUCGGACGCUCUUAGCAUCUUCAAGGUGUUUGAAAGACUCGCCGAUUCCAACCGACAUUACCUCCACAUCGACUUGUGCCGCGUCCUGAUUGAUCCGACUAAAGAAACCUUACCACCCUACUUCGAACCUGAACCUCAUCUUGCCGCUUUCCAAACGCUUCUUGAUGUUAUCCACAACCCCAAGAUGGAUGUCCGUGGCAUAUUUACUCCCAACAAGCUUUGUCAGCUCGGUCAUCUUAACAAUCCUAGUGUUGCUGGCGUAGGUUCGGGGCCGGGCUUGGGCAUCAACGAGCCAUGGGCCGACUGGCUGCGGGCGCACAUGAAGAAAUUCGUCGAGCACGUUCGUCGACUCUGCGCGCUUGGGGAAUCGAAGUCGACCUUUCUCUGGUUGGCGGGUCCCAGCUUCAAACAUAGCUGGGAUAAAGACAUGAAGGACAAGGCGCUGGAGAAGGCUCUUGAGGCUUGCCGUGCUUUCAGAUGGGCCAAAGAGUUCAGAGAGCUGGUGGCCUCGACUGCCUACCUUUGCGCCGUCGAUCCGGACAGCAAAGAGACGGGAGAGACUGUUCUGGUGCGCCCAGAUGGCGCCAAGCUCGAGGAGAGCAUUUGUGGUCGAGACGUUGUCGAAAUUAUCGUCAACACCCGGAAGCGCGUCGCCGACCAGUUCUUCAAGGCUGCGCAGGCGUCGCUGACUCGCUGGACCGUCCAACUGGGCCGCCGCCCGUGCAAGAACCAGCUCUGCACGAGCGGCCGGAUGGCGGCCCUGAACAACUUCCUGCUCGUGUCCGGCCUCUUCCCCCGCGGCGAUCUUCCCAAGUCGCUAUUCGAGAUCAUCACCGGCCUGAGAUACCUCACGGCCAGUGACGCCGAGCUGGCCUCGGUCUCGCAGCAGCAGCGGGGUCCUGUGGUCGGCGGAGAGGCCGCGCCCGGACUGGAGUGGGCGGUCCAGAUGCGGGUGAAGCACGUGGCCGUGUGUACCAAGUGCGACGAGCGCGCGCCCACCAGCACGCUGUUCCCCUUGGAAGACCUCCUGGUCGACCUGACCUGGGAGCUCCAGGAGCGGUUGCUGGAAGCUGCCGCUCGCGCUGAAUGUGCGUAA